UUGUGUAACCUUGAAUCGCCUAAGGAAUGUAUUAUAUCAUAUAUAUAUAUGACUGUAACCUGGAAUGUAUUGUGUAACCUUGAAUCGCCUAAGGAAUGUAUUACAUCACAAUAUCACUGUAACCCUGAAUUGCCCAAGGAAUGUAUUAUAUCAUAAUAUCACUGUAACCUUGAUAUCAUAAUGUGCAGGUAUCUGCGUUAAAGUAUUGUCUGUAUGGAUACAUAUAACUACAGCUGGUAAGGUGAAGUAGUUUGUUCAGUACAGGAGUACUAAAAUAGGGUUACGUAGAACUCCACUACAUUUUCUUGACUGAGCCAUGUAAUAAAAUUAAUCUCUAAAGAAAACCAUGUUAGUACAUGUCAUAUAAAAAUACUGUAUUCAUUGUACAAAGUACUUUUUUAAAGGUGCGUGCCUUGAAAAGGAAAACAUUUGUGAUUCUUUAUUAACAAAACAAUCAUUGGAACUCAAGAUAAAAACACGUGCUGCUAAUACAUUAUACAUAAAUUUAUUCAUUUAUAAUUCAGGUUUGAUUACUUGACUUUAUUGACGAGCAGCAGCUUUCUCCAGCUUCCAUUGCAAAUGGGUCUCCAGGGAACAGGUCCAUGUAUAGUGUGCAUAUUAAAUCUAAAAUAAUUUAGCAGAGUGGUUUAAACAGAUUGUAGCGAUAACUAUACGACAUCUGAAGAUAAAGUGAGAUGUAUAUUGAUAACAACCUAUAAUCACGCCAGCGUGCAUUAAUUAUUUAAAAAUAUUACAUUGGUGAUAUUAAUUGCAGUCAAUACUGUUGCCGUAAUGCGCAUGUAUGUAAAUGAAAGUCUGACACGUAAAACAUUCCUCCAUUGGUAAAUAUCGAACAUGGAGCCAUCUGAUGACCCUCACACAAAGGAGAAGGUGGUAGUCGGACACCAGACAGAUUUAGUUGUAGAGGACUUCUUGUCAUCCGCAACAAUACACGGGUUACAUAAGGCAGCUGCCAAUGGAAGUCUUAUUCGGAGAUGCGUAUGGAUUUUUUUACUAUUAGGAAUGCUUACAAGUCUGUGUAUAUUCACCUAUCUCGAACUUAGUGAAUAUUUCCGGUACGAAACACGUACGAACACUCAUGUUUCUGUACGAGGAGAAAUAGAAUUCCCUGCUGUCACCUUGUGCAAUGCAAACCAAGUUAAAAAUACCAUUGUAAAUUGUGCUGAUUUGGAAUAUCUUAUGUUCCGUCUGAGUGAGUUAAGUAACACUGUUAAUCUCUCGAUAACGCGUCACACCAACGCUUCGUCCAUUUCCGGUGACGAAAUCCUUGGAUGUGUGCGCGCGCACUCCCACGAUUUGGAAAUGUUCCGAUUAUGUUUCUGGGAAGGACGACAAGUUGAUUGUAGUAGUAUUUUUGAAGCCAGUCUAACUAGCAUGGGGAUGUGUUUCACAUUUAUUGGUGCACUGCCCCAGAGGAAGUCUCGGAUGCCCGGAUCGUUUGGUGGUCUCAGGGUUGUCAUAGACAUUGAGCAGGACCAGUACUUCUUCCCAAACAAACUACAAUCGGGUAUUACGGUAGUUUUACACGAACCUGAGGAGACGCCACUUCCUCAAAUGCGCAGCUUCCUUGUGGGGCCUGGUUUAUCAGCGGAGGCCGUCCUCUCCAGGAACAAGAGAAGUUUACUUCCAUCACCGUACGAUAAUUGUGUAGAGAGAGAAAGUGAUGUCGCACGCCUCCAUAGGUUCCCGAAGUAUUCAAGCAUGGCCUGUUUGACAGAGUGUUUCCAAAGCUCUCUUGUGUCUCGCUGUUCUUGUAGACAUUACUACGACGAUUUGAUUGUAGAUAAUUUCACUCAGCUGUUGACUACCGUUAGACGUUGUCGGACGUGCCCCGAGAUAUGUACUACCUAUACUUACGACUGGUCUUUAUCCUACGCUCUAUUCGGCUCCAAUUUCGUCAAUGAGAGACUCCUCAAUGCUAGCAUUUUCCCAGAAAAAUCCUUUUUAAGCUCUAACUACGUAGACCUGACCUUGUUCUACAACUCCCUGUCUGAAAUCGUGGUAGAAGACUUGCCUGUGAAGAUGUUAAACGACAUUGUCGGAAAUCUUGGCGGACAUAUGGGACUGUUCCUGGGAGCUAGCAUACUGUCUAUAGCAGAGUUAUUCGAAUUUGCAUGCUUGUUAAUUGCUAAGCAAAGGAGUGAACACAGGAUGGACAAAGUCAACAUAAAGGAAUCGGUGUCUACCAAAAGUAGUACCGUCCAGGGCACUGACAAUGUGUUACAUAUUGAGAACGUCUAACGUCGUCAGCAGCAUUGGAAUACAAUAUUGAACAAAGCGAAGAUAAUUGUGUUCAUUUCCUAUCUCAGUCCAACUAUCUAUAUAUACAUGUAGUACUAUAUUGCAUCGUACAAAACAUUGGCGGAACUGGACAUGAGUAUUUGAUGGCGAUGUUUACUAGCGUUGUCUUAAUUCCUAUAAUGAUAAUGACAAUUACUUAUUCUCAUAAACAGUACAGUGCAGAAAAUAUGAACAUUAACAAAUGGAUAACAAGAGGCCCAUGGGGCCUGUAUCGCUCACCUGUUCCAGGCCAAGAUUACAAGCUAGCAAGGCUCUUGAUUUGUCAGGCAUUGAAAAAGCCCUUUGAGUGUUUUAACAUUUUGACUGAUCUGUAAUAAGAUUCCAGUUCUAUUUGAAAAAAAAAGAUUGUUAGCAUUGAAAUUAUGGUUGUUCCAUAUUGAAGAUUAAUAAACUUUUUUUAUGUAACCGUAUUUCACAUGUCCAGCAAAGGUGAAAAUGUAGGCAACAGCAAUUUUGUGUUGAAAGGCAGCACACCGCCUCACAUAUACAAAGUCCUAGUGCAUUAGUAUAAGUCAUAAGCUACCAUUGUGUGAAGUUUCAUCAAAAUCCAUUGAUCCAUUCUAAAGUUAUCGUCUGGAAACCAACAUUUGCCAAAAUAAUCUAUUUUCAGUAACAGUGACCUUUGUAGUUGACCUUUUGACUCCAAAUUCAAUCCCAAACUGUGAUACCUCAUAAGCUACCAUUGUAUGAAGUUUCAUCAAAAUCCAUUGAUCUGUUCACCUUAAGUUAUCAUCUGGAAACCAACAUUUGCCAAAACAAUCUAUUUUUUAGUAAGUGACCUUUGAAGUUAACCUUUUGAACCCAAAUUCAAUCCCAAACUGUGAUACUUCAUAAGCUACCAUUGUAUGAAGUUUCAUCAAAAUCCAUCGAUCUGUUCUAAAGUUAUCGUCUGGAAACCAACAUUUGCCAAAACAAUAUAUUUUUAGCAACAGUGACCUUUGGCAGUGACGGUUUCACCGGCAGGGCACUAAAAAGACGGGACAACACCAUGUGUGAAAGAAACUGCAUUAGCUAUACUUGAGUCUUAGUUUUAAAGAAUCAUGGUUGCAUAUACACGAGACCAAUAUACUGUAGCUGGUACAUGUACUGUAUAUAAGUUAUAUUAAUGUUUGCAUAGAAACAAGGUAGAAACAAUGUAAAGUUUUAGCAAUUUAUUGUAGUAUGGUUGAAAAUAUUUGCAUACAUAGACAAAGGCAAUUAAUGAGCAUUUCUUUUAAAUUGGCAUAUACUGGCAGAUGUGAAGGUACAACAAGCGUUUUUUUAUAUUUGAUUUCUGUAGAGUAAAAGUUACAUAUAAAGUUUCAAUCCAAAUGCAACAAAUUUAGUAUAUGAUACUGUUAAAGAUAACUUUUUGUAGAUAUGAAAAUAAAGUUCAAAGUUUUUGUGCAACACUUCACCACACAAUAGUUGAUGAAAUGUUAAGUUACGUGAAAUUGAACAUUUCACGAAAGAGAAGGUUGUACAAGUUAAGUGAUGCCAGACUUCAAAUAAUAAUUUCUAAUAUAACUUUGCAUGGUUUGUAGGGAAAAAAAUGUUACUGAUGAAAUUCAACAUUUUCUACAAAUUAGUAGACGAGUAGGUUGAGGAAGAUGCAGAGCUGCAGUGAAACCUGGAAAUUAUCAGAUUAGAAAUUAAACAAACUGAUAAAAAAAAAAUCUACAACAAAAAUUCAACAUUUUCUACAUAAUUAACUAAGGCCAUGCAGCCGCAGAUCAGCCUAGAACUAAAAUGCCGAUAUAAUCAUAAAACAACCCAUUAUUUUGUACAUAAUAGUCUAGAUAAUAAUUUGCCAAGCCAGUUAGGCCUAGGAGAUAAAUAGAUCAAAAAACCUCUGCAUUACAGUAGAUAUGACCCUACAGCAGCAAGCAAAUUUGUGAUUGGAAAAUUAAAUGUAAUGAAGUCAUAUGUGUUGUGUUGAUGAAAUGAAAAACUUUUGCAUAAAAGUUAUAGAUACAAUGAUAUAUACAUGUAGUUGUAGUGAAGCCUGAAGAUUAGAAAGGAACACACAUGCUAAUUGAACAAUUAAUAACAAAAAUUCAACAUUUUCUACAUAAUAUAACUAAAAGGCCAUGCAGCCGAAGAUCAGCCUAGAACCAAAACAAUCAAAAACUAGCCGAAA